CAACUUUCGAGCUUUUAGAGUAAUCAUCAUCUCUAGCCAAAAACGAAAGCUUUCGAUUGGGUGGUGCUUCACUAUUCAACAAGUGUCUAACUUUCAGAUCAAAUUCUGAUCGGAGCUUGCUUUUUAGGGUUCCGUUGACCCCAAAUUGUUGAAAAUGGUUAGUUCCUUACAUUCGACGCCUCUUCUUCUUCUUCUUCUUCUACUUCUCCUUGUUAUCGCUAGCUCGGUCAAUGGAGAUCAAGAGUACCCAAGUCAAUAUCUAACAGAAGCUUUGGGUGAUAAAGAUUGGUUAGUCUCUGUGAGAAGACAGCUCCAUGAAAACCCAGAACUCCUUUUCGAGUUACACAAAACCAGUGCUUUGAUUCGUCGGGAGCUUGACGAAUUAGAGGUUUCGUAUUCUUACCCGGUUGCCAAAACCGGUAUUGUAGCUCAAAUCGGGUCCGGUUCUCCUCCCGUUGUUGCUCUCCGAGCUGAUAUGGAUGCUCUCCCUAUGCAAGAACUUGCUGAGUGGGAUCAUAAGAGCAAAAUUGAUGGCAAAAUGCAUGCUUGUGGGCAUGAUUCACACACCACUAUGCUUCUUGGUGCUGCCAAAUUGCUUAGCAAACGCAAACAUAAGCUUAAGGGAACAGUGAGGCUUCUUUUUCAACCAGCAGAAGAAGGUGGUGCCGGUGCUUUUUACAUGAUAAAAGAUGGUGCGUUGGGUGAAUCAGAAGCAAUAUUUGGUAUGCAUGUAGAUACUGAAUUACCUACAGGAGAAGUAGAAACAAUCUCGGGUCCUACUAUGGCAGCCACAAGCAUAUUCAGUGUAAGAAUGAGUGUGAAAGUACCAGCUUCUUCUUCAGAGACCCAUACUUGUGUUGAUCCGGUGCUGGCUGCAUCAUCUACCAUCUUAGCGUUACAACUUAUCAUCUCCAGAGAAGUAGAUCCUCUGUCAAGCCAUGUGCUGUCUAUUACAUUUAUGAAAAGCGACGCUUCUGAGUUUGAUGAGACUCCAACGUAUGUAGAAUUUGGGGGAACUCUUAGGAGUCUUACAACCGAUGGCAUUCACUUGUUGAUACGCAGGUUGAAAGAGGUGGUUGAAGGAGAAGCUGAAGUUUAUAGAUGCAAAGCAGAUAUAGACAUGCAUGAAGAUAGCCAUCCUAUGUAUCCAGCAACAGUGAACGAUCACAAGCUACACGAGUACACUGAAAAGGUAUUGAAACAAUUGAUUGGACCCGAGAAGGUGAAACCGGGUGAAAAGAUAAUGGCGGGUGAGGAUUUUGCCUUCUAUCAACAAAAAAUACCCGGUUACUAUCUAGGAAUCGGCAUCAGAAACGAAGAAAUCGGUUCUGUACGUAGUGUUCAUUCCCCUUAUUUCUUCCUCGACGAGAAUGUUCUUCCUCUUGGAUCAGCAGUGUUUGCUGCCUUAGCCGAGAUGUAUCUACUAGAGCAUCAUCAGAAUAAAACUAAGUCUGGAUAUUGAAGAAGUACUAAAGAGGCUUAGAUUCUUUCUAAGUCUCUUAGUUAGUUGCCUUCAUAAGUAAAGCUAUUUGUUUUGAUAGAAUUGCAACUUUUUAGAAAUCAAUCAAUUGUGUUAAUAAAAUUGUGAGUAAUGAGUGUCAGUGUCUCACUCUCACAUGGGUAGGUGCAUGUGAUCGAGUCAUUAUAUUACCGGACAAAAUAAAGAUAUGUGUAGUCAUUUUUGUUCAUAACUAUAAUUUGUAUA